GGGGCAUUGUUGAAGCAGGGUAGAGAGUGUAGUAACAGCUUGUACAGAUUUUAUACAGCGUUUUGGGGGCUUUAGUGUUGUUUAGGCAAAUAUAACCAGGGCAUUUGACACAAGGCUUUUCGAACAUUAACUUUCCAGGGGCCAUAGUUAGAUAUAGACACACUAAGAGUCUGAGCAGACUGCGCGCUAGCAGAGCGAUCAGUUCCUUUUACUCUAAAGAGACACACAAAGGAAAUGCGGUCGAUUUAAAAAUUAUUAACCUAGGCGUAACUGGGAUUGUCUUAGUUGUCAGGGGGAAAUAACUUUGUCUUCAAAUAAUUGCAACUCAGACAGCCUCUCAAGUUGUGGUCUCAACUUGUCUUUGUUGUAACAGAAACAGUUUUGACUCGUGAUUCUGGAUCCAUCAGCUUAUUAAUACUAUUUUAUCUGAAUUCGACAUCUUUACCCAACCGCACUGCUUAACCGUGGAGUACCCGUAGAUUAAACAUUAGUCGAUUUUUCACGUUAUCUUACGCGAUGUGAAGACCUGCUAUUAUGGCGAUACUCGUGAGAAGAGAUAACGUUAUGCACAGACUUCCAUAUAAGGCAGCUAGCAAACUAGCUUGCUAACGCUGAGCAAAGUGUUCCUUAGCAAAAGAGCUAACGCCACUGAGCUAGCGAGUUUGGCCACCCUGCUAGUGUGUUUCCUAUUUUGUAGAGGUCAGUUGACGUUAACUGUUGAGUGAGUGUUUGUUGUAUUUGACAUAAAAGUAGCCGACUAGCUUAGCAGCUGACCAUUGUGUCUAUAAACGGUUAGCAUAGCGUUAGUGUGAAAGUGAGGCUACGUUAGCAUUUGGCUAACGGGCUACGUAUCUAGCCGAGCCGAAGCUAACUCUGUGUGCUUGUAGCUACCCAGCACUUGCUGCCAGUGAGUUUGAGUGACCGAACAUUUUUCUUCCAAACUAAUAAUGGCAACCGCAACAGGCGAGGCCGUGUUUCUGAUAAAGGACGUAAAGCCGGGGUCGAAAAAUUUGAAUAUCGUAUUCAUCGUGUUGGAAAUAGGACGAGUCACCAAAACGAAAGAUGGUCAUGAGGUGCGUUCAUGCAAGGUGGCAGACAAGAGCGGAAGCAUCGCGAUCUCCGUCUGGGACGAACUUGGCAGCCUUAUUCAGCCAGGCGACAUUAUCAAGUUAACCAGAGGCUAUGCAUCCAUAUGGAAAGGCUGCCUGACCCUAUACACUGGAAGAGGAGGAGAUCUGCAGAAGAUUGGAGAGUUCUGCAUGGUGUAUUCAGAAGUGCCAAACUUCAGUGAACCAAACCCUGAGCUGCUCAGCCAAACAAACCAGCAAAACAAGUCUGGGAAACCAGACCAGAAUCAGAGGGGAAACUCUCCGCCCAAUCAGAAUUCAGGUACAGCUGCCCCACCAGGUAAUGGUUCCAUGCCUCCAUUUGCCAACAACAACAACAAUGCACCAUCUGGUGCGGGACGUGACCCUACCUUCGGAGGCAUGGGGCGACCCAACGGCCGGUCUCCUGGCAAUGGAGCGCCUCCAGUUAUUGCUGCAGGACCCGCGACAACCGCAAAGUCUUCGGUUACCAUUAGCAACGGCAGGGACCCACGGCGUGCCAAAAGAUGAAACUGGGCUUGGGGGGGAGAUCAUGUGGGAAAACUAUGGACAUCCUUAUUUCCCCCUGCCCUGUUUUUUUUUAAAACAUUUCUGUCCCAUCCAUCACAGCCUAUAUCGGCUUUCAAAAUAAUAAAUAUAUUAGGGACUGCUUGCAUCAUUUUUUAUACAGGCUAACAGUCAAAUGUGUCAUUUGUCAUUCAUAAUGUAGGUAGUGCUCUCAGUAAGCAGCACAGUGUGAUUGUGAUCUACCACUUGAUGCACUAGCAGGACUUGUAUAGUCGAGCCUUGGUGGUUGAGUUGUGGUCAACCCUCUCAGUCUUCACCCGUCUUCUAAAUAUCACUGCAAAUUGCCAGUUCUGUGCCAGUGUUUUCCUCCCCCAUGCACUGUCCUAUCCCCCUCCCCCCGUUUAUGUUCUUUAAAACUACACACCCUACUUGAACACUUGAUGCACUUUCUUCUCUUAAUUUAUGUCGGGCAAAGUUGGCUGUCAUUUAAAUCAGGAAAUCUGUUUCUGCUUUUUAGUGGAAAAGGCCUUAAGUUGGAGAAAAUGAGUUCUUGGACUGAAUGCACAAGGGAAAUGCUUCAAACCGAACUAUAUCCGAAGUGACUCUGUGUAAGGAAAGGUGUUAGUUUGGAAUUUUUAAUGAUAGGUAGAUUGAUAUUAAACUUUUUUUUCUUUUUUU